GUCUCUGUUUGACUGAGUGCCUCCAUCUACACCAGAUGUUUUUGGCUCCUCCCAGACAGCUUGGUCAAACAUUCCAGCCCACCUCUGGGAAUCUGCUGGCUCCUCCCACACUCCCACUGAACUCCAGUCAAGAUUUUACAGGAGCAAGGAGACUGAGCUGACACAAAAUGAGAGGACUUGUUGUCUUGGUUACUUUGGCCUGCUUUGCCACUGCUCAGCACCAAGCACUGAUUGACUAUUUGGAGCGGAGGCUGCUCGCUAUUGAGGUAAGGAUCUCUCUAUGGCACGAACAGACCACCCGUUAUGCAUCUGAGCUGCGGGAGCUGAAGCAACAAAUGGUUUCCCAGCUGGAGACCCUGGACAAAGAGAAAGAGGCACUGAGAAUGAAUCUGGAUGGUGUGGGGACCAGGGUGGACCGGGUCGAGCGUGAACUGGACUACCUGGAGACUCAGAACGCUCAGCCGUGCGUGGAUGUGGAUGACAAGCUGAUUGAGCAGCAGGUGACUCUGGUGAAGGAGAAGCAGAAGGCCAAAUAUUCAAAACUCUCAGACUGCAGCGACAUGAUCUCCAGUAUAAAAGCCAUGAAGAUCUUGAAGCGAGUUGGAGGGCCAAAGGGCGUGUGGAGCAAAGACACGGGCAGGGGCUCUGGGAAGGUCUACAUUUUUAAUGGUACAGAUGAUGACACCAUCCAUGAGUUUUCCUCUGUGCAAGACUUUGCCCGCUCACUGGGCUUGUCUCUGGCCAAGACUGUAAAGCUGCCGUCGGCCUGGAAGGGAACAGGACACGUCGUCUACAACAAUCACGCAUAUUAUAUCAACCAGGUUGAUGAGAUAACGGUGGUUAAAUAUGACAUGAAGAACCACUCUGUGACAGACAGCGCAGUGUUUCCGGUCCAGGACCACGUCCCAGUGUACAGCCUGACCCCUGAGACAGUUAUGGACCUGGCUGUGGAUGAAGAAGGCCUGUGGGCCAUUUACAGCACGCGGCAGAACGACAGGCACAUCUCUCUGGCUAAAAUGGAUGCCAACUCGCUGGACAUCGAGCAGAUGUGGGACACAAACUGCCCAAGAGAGAACGCAGAGGCGGCCUUCAUCAUCUGUGGCACCCUGUAUGUAGUGUACAACACCAAGCAGCCCGGUCGCUCACAUGUGCAGUGUGUGUUUGACGUCAACGACAUGGUGACCAACGAAGAGGCACCGCAGGUUUACUUUCCAAAACGCUAUGGAGCUCACUCCAGUCUCAAGUACAACCCACAGGAGCAGCUGCUCUACGCCUGGGAUGAUGGCUACCAGAUCCUGUACAAGCUUAUAAUGAAAAAGAAACUAGAGAUUUGAGUUGAUCAGUACAAACAACCAUCCUCCUAAAACUCCCUUUAACCCACCACCAACCUUUAAAGGAUCAUAUCAGUGUUUUUACAGGUUUUAUCUUCCAACAAAUCAUGCAUAUAACUGAUGACCAUUUUAUAACGUUUGCAGAAGAAUUUCAGAUUUUCAGAUUUGUCUUUUGUUACUUUUUAGGCAGCCAUUAAUCUCCAUUUCAUACUAUUGAAACCUGCAAGAAUUAUAUAAUCACGGUAAAAAGUCCACAUUUAAAAAAAAAAAAACUGUAUUACUUCACAAUUACAUAACUUUGAAAACACACUUGAAUGCAGACCUGAAAUUCACUAAACAACUCAAAAACGUUUCAAGACUCAACAACAAAGAGAAUAAUAGAAAACAUGUGCUGCUUUAAUGGUUGGAAAAAUCUACUCAAAAAUCGGAAACAUUUCAAGAUGCAACAAGAUAACCAGCAAUGACAUUAAGUAUUCAUGAUUUGGAGUAAAUAGGAUAAAAAUGCAAAAACACUGGUGCGUUCUUUUCUGUUUAAGAAAGGUUCAAAAGUCCUGGACUGUAGAAAUGUAUCUACUGUCCUUUCACACACUUUCAGAUGUGAAUGUUGUACAUUUUCAGAUAUUCUAAUCAGACACUGCACUGCACGUCCAUCUUCACAAUCAUUUCCGUGUCUACUGGUGAGUCGACUUGAAUAGAUUUACUGUACUUACCUGUGAUCUCUUGCGCUACUGUCUGUAUUUCUAAAGUUGUUGCAAAUGCUUUUUUUUUUGUUAAUGCAAAUAUUGAGAAAAUAUUUCACGUCAUACUUUUAAAUUAGCAUUAUACCUGACCACUCACGUUAGCCUCACUGUUGAAAUCUGGCCAUGUGAUACUUUACAUGUAAUUUUGCUGUUUGAAUAAAUUGUGACAAUUUAAA